AUGGCUGACACUUGUGAUAAAUGGCAGCAGAGAGGUUCUGGUGAGAGGAGUGGGGUCCAGCUUCAGUUCCUCAGGGGCUCCAGCAGCGUGUCCACCUCUAAAACCACCACCAUCCGUCUUCGGGACAUUUAUGACCCCAAGCCUCAAUCGCCCAAACCUCCAGUUCGGAUCCGCCCUCCGCCACCCAGAUCCCCCCCAGUGACGGAGCCCAGUUUAACGCCCGGCUCCACCACCGAGCCCCCGGUGAGGACGAUCAUGAGGAAACGAUCUCAGUCUCUACCUUCGUCUGCAGAGAGGCCGAAAGAGCUCAGGAGCCCGCAGGUGCGCUUCGUGGACUCGCUGGGCCUGGAGUUAGAGGAAGUGAAGGUCUUCAAAGUUCAGGAGCACCCAUUGAUCCCCCAACACGUAAUGUUCAGACUCCUGAUGAGCUCUGAGCAGGCUUUUCGGAAGUCACAGGAGCUGUCCCUGCCGUACUUCAAACCCUGUUUCCCAGAAAACAUGGAAGCUCAGCCCGGCUUCCAGAAGCGUCUCUGCACUCAGAGUGUGUGUCUGCAGCGGGUCCUGUGUUCAGAGCAGGGGAUCACAGGCACCAUACAGGUACUGAAUCUAGCUUAUGAGAAAGAGGUCACAGUGCACUACUCUUUCACCAACUGGAGAACACACACAGAGGCAAGUGCAUGCUGGGUAUCGAGUGCCAACCACGGGGAGAAUGGCGCUCCAGAGGCAGACGCCUUCAGGUUUCGUCUGCCGGUGCCGCCCUUCAUUUUGCAGCCAGGAGCUGUGUUGGAAUUUGCCGUCCGCUACCAUGUGAGAGGAUCUGAUUACUGGGACAACAACAAUGGAAACAAUUACAAACUGUCGUGCCACAGCUACAAAGUGACGGUGCCGAGGGAGUGUGAGGACAGCAUGCUGCAUUUUACCUGA